CCAGCACACGACUUGUGAAUCAAAUCUAAAGCCGACAAAAUGGUCGAAUGGACAGACUUCGAGCGCGCCACCAUCAAGGACAUCUUCUCAAAGCUUGAGUAUGAUGUGGUGGGCCCUGCAACCCUUGCCAGGUGUCUGGUCGUCUACCCCUGGACUCAGAGGUAUUUCGGCAAGUUUGGAAACCUCUACAACGCCGCUGCGAUUGCUGAAAAUGCCAUGGUUUCCAAACACGGAACAACCAUCCUCCACGGUCUAGACCGGGCUGUGAAGAACAUGGACGACAUCAAGAACACCUACGCCGAACUGAGCGUGCUGCACUCCGAGAAACUGCAUGUGGACCCCGACAACUUCCAGCUCCUGGCCGACUGCCUGACCAUCGUGGUUGCUGGUCGGUUCGGAAACACCUUCACUGGUGAGGUGCAGGCAGCUUUCCAGAAGUUCCUGUCCGUGGUGGUGUCCUCCCUGGGAAGACAGUACCAUUAGAGCUGCGAUGCAAGACCAUCACAUGCUGUGCUGGAAAACCUCUGUUUUUUUGUAAUGUCUCAAAGGCAUAAAUAAAUAAAACAAGCAUAAACAACUUG